AUGUCAUUGCAGAAGCCAAAGAAGAAGCUGAAUAAUACUAGGUUCUUGAUCACUGUCGAUGUCAUUGCUGGGUUCAUUGACACAGCUUUGAAAAAAUAUGCUCGCGAGGGACGACUGCUAGUUCCUGGUUCUAAUGUGGACAGUUUCUUCCUUUACCCUGUUAACGCUGGACCUGAUGAUACUCCUAUGGGUCCAUCAGAUGAAAUAGGAUCACAAGGGGUGAGGAAUUUCAUUCUUUGCAAGAAGCAAAAACAGCCCCAGAUGACAGAAGGAAGUGCAGAGGAGAUUUCUCAUAAGGGAAGAAGCAGCUGGAAAUCUUGGUUAAAUAAGUCCUUUUCCUUCAGGAUUCAUUUCCAUUAA